AUGCCUUGUAGAGAGAUUUUUCAGGCCGUCGAAAUUAGAUGCGGAGCGACGGGCGGCAGCCCGAAGGUGAAGCUGCAGGGCGACGGGCGGCGGCCCGACGAGAAGCUGCGGGGCGACGGGCGGCGGCCCGACGAGAAGCUGCGGGGCGACGGGCAGCGGCCCGACGAGAAGCUGCAGGGCGACGGGCGGCGGCCCGACGAGAAGCUGCGGGGCGACGGGCGGCGGCCUGACGAGAAGUUGCAGGGCGACGGGCGGCGGCCCGACGAGAAGAAGAAAUGA